ACAUCUAAUUUGUCUUCUCAGCCUGAACUGUUAAGGAUGGCUAACUUCACCAAUGGCAAUUUCACCAAGGAAAACACUGCUAAAUAUAAAAUCGUGGAAAUGAUUUUCAUAGUUACUGUAACUGGGUCACUUAGUCUUGUCACUGUGGUUGGAAAUAUCUUGGUCAUGCUGUCAAUCAAAGUGAACCGCCAACUUCAGACUGUCAACAACUAUUUCCUCUUUAGCUUGGCCUGUGCUGACUUGAUAAUUGGCAUCUUCUCAAUGAAUCUCUACACCGUGUAUAUAGUCAAGGGCUAUUGGCCACUUGGGGCUGUAGUAUGUGACCUCUGGCUGGCACUAGACUAUGUAGUGAGUAAUGCUUCUGUCAUGAACUUACUCAUCAUCAGUUUUGACCGCUAUUUCUGCGUUACCAAACCACUGACCUACCCAGCUAGGCGGACAACCAAAAUGGCAGGAUUGAUGAUUGCAGUUGCUUGGAUAUUAUCCUUUAUCCUCUGGGCACCUGCCAUAUUGUUUUGGCAGUUCAUUGUUGGAGAGAGGACAGUACCAGAAGGACAGUGUUACAUUCAGUUCCUCUCCAAUCCAGCUGUAACCUUUGGCACAGCCAUUGCUGCUUUCUACCUCCCAGUGGUUAUCAUGACUGUGCUGUACAUCCAUAUCUCAUUGGCCAGCCGGAGCCGUGUGAGAAGGCACAAACCAGAGAGCAAGAAAGAGAAGCGGACUAAGCCACUCAGCUUUCUGAAAAGUCCCCUGGUCAAGCAGAAUAACAACAAUUCUCCCAAGAAAGUGGUGGAGGUGAAGGAGGAAGCAAAAAAUGGGAAAGUAGAAGAGCAGCCCUUGCAACCGUCUGAAACUACUGGCCACCAAGAGGAGAAAGAAACCUCUAAUGAAUCCAGCACGGUAAGCAUCACCCAGAUGAAUAAAGAGAAACAGGGGCUGGAGAUUGUACCAGCUGAUACAGGCGAGAGCCCUGCCCAUCCUCGGAUCAACCCUGCCUCUAAGUGGUCCAAAAUUAAGAUAGUCACUAAACAAACUGGGACUGAAUGUGUCACUGCCAUUGAGAUUGUCGCAGAGAAAGAAGCCCGUUCCACCCCAAUUACCUUAUCAAACAGUCGUCCGGCUAACGUUGCCAGGAAAUUUGCCAGCAUUGCCAGGAGUCAGGUGAGGAAGAAGCGACAAAUGGCAGCUCGAGAGAGGAAAGUCACCAGAACCAUUUUUGCCAUCUUGUUGGCUUUCAUUUUGACAUGGACACCUUACAAUGUGAUGGUCCUCAUUAAUACUUUCUGCGAUUAUUGUGUUCCUGAAACAGUCUGGUCCAUUGGGUACUGGUUGUGCUAUGUCAACAGCACCAUCAACCCAGCUUGUUAUGCCCUUUGCAAUGCUACCUUCAAGAAAACCUUUAAGCAUCUUCUGAUGUGUCAGUACAGGAACAUUGGUACUGCAAGAUAAUCUGGAUUUGGGGGAAGACUCAGCAAUGGGGUCAUUGUGGAGAUUUGUUAUUCUCCAACUAAAUAACUCUAAUAUUCUUAGUCAUAACAUUCAUUACUAGAUGGAGCCUUUCACCAAAUGCAGAAUCAGAACUAGUGAAAACAUACGAUUUCAACAUUCUUGAUUCUUGAAUAUUCACCAAGAAAUAGACAGAUCUUCCACCCAGAUGAUCCUCUUGACUGUGCUUCUUCAGAAAACAAAGGAGGAGGAGGAGGAGGAGGAGGAGGAGGAAGAGGAGGAGGGAGAAGAAGAAGAAGCUAGGGAUUAGAUGUAGUGAAGCCUCACAGUAUCACCAGACAGAUGUAACAGACUGUGCUCUUUUGCCCUGCUGCUCUUGAAAUACCAUAAACUUUCAUCAACUUCUAAUUUCUGCCUGACUAAACUAAGAUGCCUCUAUUGGUGCCUAGAGAGUACAUUAGAAAGAAAUGGAACAAAAAAAUAUCCUUCUUUCCUUGGAUGCAUUGCUGGCUUUAAACUUGUGUGCACCUAUGAGACAGAAAGAGUAGCAAGGGACAACAAGGUUAAUUAAGUAAACAGUGAAAAUGAAAACAAAAAUAUAUUGCUUCAGCACCAGUCAUCGAGCUGUAUCAAUUUCUAUUUGUAGGCUCUAGGAUUUUGUCUAGUUGAAUUUCCAGUGUCCCAGGUGCAAGGGACUUGUUCCUCUCAGGGAAUAUAUCAGCUGCUGGAUAGACCUCUCCGCUUCAUAGGCUUCUCAAGGACCUUACCAAAUCUGCCUCAACUCCAUUUCUCCAUGGCAGACUUCUUUCAGGAUGGGUUGAAUGCCACCUCAGAUUGUUUUGAAAAAACAAAAAACCAUGGAUAUCACAUGGAUACUCAAAGUUAGUUCUACAACAUUUUGGGUCACAUGCCAAAGUUGUCUAAAGUUAUUAAUCUCAAAGGUAAGCAUGGUGUCCUUGAAGCAGUGGAAGCUCAACUGCAGCUCCAAGGAGAACAGCAAGCAAAGCAACCAUGAUGGUGGGAAGAAGACCUCUACGCUGGCAAGUCUUUCUAAGAGAGUCUUUAAAGCCCUUUGUUUCUGUUCCUUUUAAAAUUAUGUCAUCAUACAUACCAAGUCCCACUUGCUCCACACAUAUUUGCUUAAGUAUCGUUUCUUCUUAUGUACUUAAUUUUUUUAAAAAUCCUGAUAGUAGGUUCUGAAGCAGGCUGUGGCGGAGAAAAACAAUGAGCUGCUGCCCCUCUUGUUUCUGCAUUAUGAAUUUGAGGGCAUACUAAGAAGAUACUCAUGAGCUUUGUAAAUGAGCAUUGCCUUCCUCCUAGUCAGUGUUGUCAUGGAUCCCUCAGCAUGUGGGUUCCAGUGUACAUAUGCAGCCUAAAUCCCAGAAUACUCAUGUUCUGCGUAGACCAAUUAAACCCAUGUUUUGCUCAGUGUCUCUGACGGGCACCCUCAAGAACAUAUUAGAGCAGAGUUUAAUAAGUGAUCCAAUGUUUCCUGGGUUGGUCGGAGUGACCAUGGUUAUAGACCUCUCUAUUUCAUGGCUAAGGGCUCUCAGUUUAAGAUAUGCCCUUACAUUUGGCCAAAGGCUCCUGCUUCACGUGGCUGUAGAGGCAGCUAGGCUGCCACUGCCUUUCACAUAAUUUGCAUAAUGUUGCCCAAAAUGCCUUGCAGUGUUUUUUAAAAAUUAAUUUAUUAAUUUAUUUGUUACAACUACAGUGGGAACCACUUAAACAAAUAAAAUAAUUGAACUACAUAUAGCACAC